UGUUUUCAGACAUUCUUCUUUCUUCUGUCUAUAUAAAGAACCUAUGCUUCUUCUUCUAACACAUAUCUUCGCUUGCUUGCUUCCUAGCUUUCUCCUGUACUUCUUGCACUGAUAGAGGAGAGUAAUCAUGAAGAUGGGUGAGAACGCUGCCACAAAGAACCAUUUUCCUCCACAGGUUUUCAGUGUCGCUGUUGACAUGCCUUCUCAAGGUGGCUCCAAGUGGUUUGAUGAUGAUGGACGCCCCAAGCGCACUGGAACCGUUUGGACUGCGAGUGCUCACAUAAUAACAGCUGUUAUUGGGUCUGGUGUUCUGUCCUUGGCUUGGGCCGUCGCUCAGCUUGGAUGGAUCGCCGGUCCCGCUGUUAUGUUCUUGUUUUCCUUCGUCACUUACUAUACUUCGACUCUGCUCUGUGCCUGCUACCGAACUGGUGAUCCUGUCAAUGGCAAGAGGAACUAUACUUACAUGGACGCUGUUCGCUCCAAUCUUGGCGGUGGUAUGGUUAAGAUAUGCGGAUAUGUCCAGUAUUUGAACCUUUUCGGCGUCGCCAUUGGUUACACAAUAGCAUCAUCUAUAAGCAUGAUGGCUGUGAAAAGGUCGAAUUGUUUCCACAAGACAGGAGGCAAAGAUCCAUGUCAUAUGAAUGCCAAUCCUUACAUGAUAGCAUUUGGAAUUGCGGAGAUUAUUUUCUCUCAAAUUCCUGACUUUGAAAAGCUGUGGUGGCUUUCCAUUGUUGCUGCAGUCAUGUCCUUCGCUUACUCAACAAUUGGUCUUGGACUUGGAAUUGCUAAAGUUGCAGAAGCUGGAAAAUUUCAAGGAAGUGUAACUGGAAUAGGCAUCGGCACCGUCACUGAAACCCAGAAGAUAUGGAGAAGUUUCCAAGCACUUGGUGACAUUGCCUUUGCCUAUUCUUACUCCCUCAUUCUCAUCGAAAUUCAGGACACAAUCAGAUCUCCACCAUCAGAAGCCAAGACAAUGAAGAAAUCAAGUUUAAUAAGUGUUUCAGUGACCACCCUAUUCUAUAUGCUUUGUGGCUGCUUUGGCUACGCUGCCUUUGGAGACAUGUCUCCUGGAAAUCUUCUCACAGGCUUCGGCUUUUAUAACCCAUACUGGCUACUAGACAUUGCCAAUGUUGCCAUAGUGAUCCACCUUGUUGGUGCAUAUCAAGUCUACUGCCAACCUCUCUUUGCCUUCAUUGAGAAAACAGCAGCACAAAGAUUCCCAGACAGUGAAUUUAUUACCAAAGAUGUCAAACUCCCACUUCCUGGUUCUCGCUCUUACAACCUCAACCUCUUCAGAAUGGUUUUUAGGACCAUUUUUGUGAUCUUGACCACUGUAAUUUCUAUGCUCCUUCCCUUCUUUAACGACAUAGUUGGUCUUCUCGGAGCUUUAGGAUUUUGGCCGUUAACAGUGUAUUUCCCAGUUGAGAUGUACAUAUCACAGAAGAAGAUUCCAAAGUGGAGCACAAGAUGGCUCUGUCUGCAAAUUUUAAGUGCAGCUUGCCUUAUAAUCACCAUAGCAGCUGCUGCUGGCUCCAUUGCUGGAGUUGUUGGUGAUCUGAAGACAGUGAAGCCCUUCAAGACGGUUUACUAAAUCAACACAAGUUGUUUGGUAACACCAUUAAUGAACAUUUCAGAAACAUGGGGAAAGAAUCAAAACGCUAGUUUUUUAGUUUUUGUUCAUGUUCAUAUGAAGCCCUUAAAGGGUUCUGUCAAUUUCGAUGUAGCUUUCUGAUCUCUGUUCUCUCUCCAAAAAGAAAGAAACAGAAAUUGAAGUGGGACCAUGUCUGUAACAUAAGUUGAAGAAGAAAAGCAUGAGUCUCUUGCUAAUUUCCUAUUUUCAAUGCAAAUCUGAAGAAUUUCUGCA